AACAAUCGCUGCAUUGACGCUCAGAAGUUUUCCAUUAUGUUAUUCAGAAAAAAAAAAAACUCAUCUUCAAACUUGUCCUGCAGAAAUGAGACGCAGGAAAUGUGGCUCCUGGAGCCCCUGGAGGUCUGCUAAUUGCCAGCUUUGCCCCGGUUGGUGUCCCAGCAUUGCUCUUACAACCAGAGAUUGAAAUCUCGUAAUGCUGAAUCACUCAAAAAAUUUGUUUUGAAACACAUUCCUUCACACUUGUUUUAUUGCGAAAGGUGUGACCGGAUGUGUGGGGUUUUAUUUUGUAGUAGUCGGAGCUGUGCGGGGAGGACAGCGAUGGGACGCAGCCGAUAUUUAUCACAAAUAAAUGGACCCAGAGCCCGGGCUCAGGCCUCGGUGACAGGCUUCGGUGUGUAGGCUCGAUGUUUUGUGUUGCUCCGUUGUGUUUUUGUGCUCAGGCGUUAGCGGCAGACAGGCGCAGGCUAACUUAGCACAAGUGUUCUUCCAGGGGGAGGAAGUUUUCGGUGCCGAGGGAAACAGAGCAGGAAACCGGGGAGGGCCAAAGUAUCCCGACAUGGAGGACUCCGGGUCGGCCCUGGAGAAGAAUGUGGCCGACCUCACGGUGAUGGACGUGUACGACAUCGCCGCGGUGGUGGGCCAGGAGUUUGAGCGGAUCAUAGACCAGUACGGCUGCGAGGCUCUGUCCAGGCUGAUGCCCAAAGUGGUGCGGGUGUUGGAGAUCCUGGAGGUGAUGGUGAGCCGGAGCAGCAUCAGCCCGGAGACCGAGGAGCUGCGGCUGGAGCUGGACAAGCUGCGGCUGGAGAGGAUAGACCGGCUGGAGAAGGAGAAGAGGCACAGAAAGGAGCUGGAGCUGGUGGAGGAUGUUUGGAGAGGAGAAGCUCAGGAUCUGCUGUCCCAGAUCGCUCAGCUGCAGGAGGAGAACAAAACCCUCCUCACCAACAUGUCCAUCAAAGACCCCAUGAGUGAGGAGGACCUGCAGAGGCACGAGGGUAUGACAGAGCGAGAGAGGCAGGUGAUGAAGAAGCUCAAAGAAGUGGUGGACAAGCAGAGAGACGAGAUUCGAGCCAAGGACCGUGAGCUCACGCUGAAAAACGAGGACAUAGAAGCACUCCAGCAGCAGCAGUCUCGCCUCAUGAAGAUCAACCACGACCUGCGUCACAAAAUCUCUGUGGUGGAGGCUCAGGGGAAAGCGCUAAUUGAACAGAAGGUGGAACUGGAGGCCAGCGCUCAGGCACGGGCACAGGAAGUCGGCGCCCUUCGGCAGGAAGUCGCACGCUUGCGUGAACGACUUCAAGGAGAGCUGCCUGCCCAGAAUCCUGAGGAACCCCCGCCUCAGCCGCCCUCACCCGCAGAGCGUGGCAAAGCUGCUACUGUGGUGGCGGGGGCUGAGGGCUGGUCACGCAGACCUGACCUCUCUGAGCUGAUGUCGGGUGGGUUCGCUCCUCCCCCGCGGCCCCUGCCUGGUUCCCUCAGCCCAGAGGGACACGAGGAUGGGGAUGAGGAGGCUGAGGACGAGGCAGUGUUGCUCUGGGAGGCGAUGUGCGAUGAGGAUAUGCCUGCUGUGUUCCAAUAUUUUACCAAGGAGGCGUUGUGCGAGGAGGAGGCGGGAGGCCUGGACCCAAAGGACCCCAACCGGCCCCGGUUCACCCUGCAGGAGCUGAGGGACGUCCUCCACGAGAGGAACGAGCUCAAGGCCAAAGUCUUCCUGCUGCAGGAAGAGCUGGCCUACUACAAAAGCGAUGAGACAGAGGACGAGACUGUCAGUCCCUCUCCGUCUCCCUCGCCUGAACUGAGGACUCGCUCCCGAGCUUCUACCCAACCAGAGUCAGGAAUCAAACGCCUGUUUAGUUUCUUCUCUCGUGACAAACAGCGGCCUUCGCAGCGGAGUGCCCAGUUCGACGGCGGCUUCGGUUCCUGGGCGGGAAAAGACGAGGUGUACACGGAACAAGCCCAGGAGGCGCUGCAGCACAUGUAGUCACCGGACACGGGACAUGUCGAGGUCACACAAACUCCAGAAACUCUUUAACACUCCCAUGUUCAUCACUCCGGCUCGUGAACCAUCGACUGCACAGCAAACCACCACUAGUGACUCACACUGCUGCUGAAGCAUCAUGUGCCUGAGGUGAGAGGAAAAAAAGUUUAUUUAAACACAUGAGAAUUCUGUUUCUCAGUGAGAGGUGGCACAUACAGACUGUUCAACUUUAAAAACUCCUGAAAAUAUUGUGUUGCCUGAAGGUUUUUAGAGAAUUGGACGAUUUGUGUGAUUGACAGAUGAGAGGGUGAACUCAAGUUGUGGGAUGGGAAGUGGAAAGUUGUUGCGUUUGAAGUGGUUAAUGAUGUGUCGUUAGGUUUGGAUAAAUUUUCUGUCUGAAACCACACGACUCACAGAUGGUGACGCAAACAUAAAAAUGGAGCUGAGUUUUAAAGGGUUUGCUGUUCGAUGAAGGAUGAAGGUUUUAUUUCACAGUCCCCACAGAGAAAAAAGGCAAACCUGCAAAGGUUUAUUCUCAAAAUGAGAGCAACGCUUUUGUGUCCCAUUCAUUUGUCUGUCCUGGUUCGUGUGGGCAGCUGAAAGGUCCCUCACCAGCAGCUCUGCAAAUUUAAAACCUGUAAAACCCAAAGGACCUGUUUAUGAAAUGUUGCAUAGAAUCAGAGUUGUGUACAGAAAAGGAUAAAAACUCUUACAGAUGCUUUUAUUUACAAUAUACUGAACAGAAACACCAACACAUGGCAAGUACAGAAGCCCAUUUCUGCCAGGAAAAUUAAAAUACACACAUAAAUGAUUAUUUAUGUUUUCUUAUCAUUCAUGAUUCUUUCUGGCAGAAAUGAGUUUCCAUAUUUGUAAAGUGUGUGUGCUUCUCUCUGACUCACAGUUAUUAUGAAAUGAUCCAUUAAUGUAAGAGCAGGAGACGCAACGUGUGAAUUCUAAUAAUGUCCACCACUAACUAACGGUCUAACAUGUCAAAUCUGUCACUGCUCAUCAUAUGCAAACCUACACUGUUCAUGAUAACAGCCGUGUCAGUAUCACCAGCUGAGCCGAAGCAGGUUAAAUAAUUACCUUCCUCUUUGGUGAUUAAGCAAACAGAUGCAGUAUAUUAAAAAAAAAAAAAAGACAAGAUAUCUAACAUCUAACAUUGAACUGCAGUCCAGCUCACAGUAUAGCAGAUUUUUAAAAAAGGAGAAUUGUCAGUGUUGAACUUCAGAAACUAUCUGCCUGAAAGAGACUUUACCUCUUAAUUUAUUUAUAUUUUUAAUAUAACUGAGGAGGAAUUCAUUGAUUUUAAUGAUCCUGAGAUCACUGCGUUAAACCUGAUCGGGGUCUGAUGAUAUUUUAUUCCUUAUUUAAAUAAAGUUCCUUUUUUGUAAAUAAAAAAAAGCAGUUUAAAAAAAAAAAAGCAGCUAAAAGGAAAAGUAAAACUGAACCAAAGACCUUUU